CUUUCCUCGCUGUGGCCACCAAUCAAACUCGAGAGUCGAGACUUCCUUUCGCAUCUCGCUAGCUCGCAUCUCCUCCUCGCGAGUCCUAACAACCGCCCUCCCUCCCUCGAAUCCCCAAACCCUAGCUCGGAACCCCCGUCUCACCACCGGCCGCCAUGGCCGAGACCGUCGACGACAAGGUCGGCUACUUCCAGGCCGUCACCGGGAUCUCCGACCCCGACCUCUGCACCGAGAUCCUCGCCGCCCACAACUGGGACCUCCAGCUCGCCGUCUCCUCCAUGACCGCCAACCCUUCCUCGCCCGAGCCGUCCGCAUACGCUCCCCCGCCGCCUCCGCCGCAGUUCCAGCCGGAAUUCGUUGCGUCCCCGUCCGCGCUCGCGGCGCCGGCUCCGCAGCAGCAGCCGGGGAUCGCGUGGAGGCUGGUGACGCUCCCCUUCUACGUGGUCUCCGGUGGGGUAGGCCUCAUCACCGGCUCCAUCCGCCUCGGUGUCUGGGUCGCCGGCGGCGUGCUGUCCCGGUCCCUCUCCCUCCUCGGGCUCGCGCAGGGUGGCGGUGGCAACCGGUUGCUCGAGAUGGCUCCAUCCGCCGCGGAGGCGGUCGACUUCCUAGCGGAGUUCGAGCGCGACUUCGGGGCUGGCCGUGGCCCACACUUCGUUGCUGAGGGCUUCGCUGAUGCGCUGCAGCGUGCUCAGCGUGAGUACAAGCUUCUCUUCGUGUACCUCCACUCCCCUGACCACCCGGAUACCCCUGCAUUCUGCGGUGGCUGCCUCUGCUCCGAGCCGGUUGCUGCCUUCAUAGAUGAGAACUUUGUUGCGUGGGGUGGUAGCAUCAGAAGGACUGAAGGGUUCAAGAUGAGCAACAGCCUGAAUGCAUCACGGUUCCCGUUUUGUGCGCUAGUCAUGGCAUCUACGAACCAGAGAAUUAUGCUAUUGCAGCAGGUUGAGGGCCCCAAAUCACCUGAACAGAUGAUAACAAUUCUUCAAAGGGUGGUUGAAGAGUGCACCGCGUCACUUGUUGCUGCCAGGAUUGAAGCUGAAGAGAGACUAAACAAUCAACGUUUGCGCGAGGAACAAGAUGUUGCUUACAGGGCUGCACUUGAAGCUGAUCAGGCCAGGGAACGCCAAAGGAGAGAGGAACAAGAAAUACUUGAAAGAGAAGCUGCAGAAGCUGAGAGGAAGCGUAAAGAAGAUGAGGAAGCACAAGUCAGGGCAGUCCAAGAAGCAGCUGAAAAGGAAGCUGCUCUUGCAAGGAGGCGACAAGAGAAGGCAAUGGCUCUUGGAGCUGAGCCUGAGAAAGGGCCUGACGUUACUCGAGUUCUCAUAAGAUUUCCAACUGGAGAGCGCAAAGAAAGGAGAUUCCACAGUUCCGCCACCAUUACCUCCCUAUAUGACUAUGUUGAUUCUUUGGAUUGCUUGAAAGCAGAAAAGUACAGCCUAGUUUCAAAUUUUCCACGGGUAACAUACGGUCCAGAAAAGCACUCCCAAACACUGGUGGAAGCAAGUUUGCAUCCACAAGCAAGCCUGUUUAUCGAGAUAGAACAGUGAAUGUCUCCAGUUUUGUAAGUUCUGUACUGAAACUUGCGAAGUAUAGGUGCUCCUUUUAUACUCUGUUUGACAACAGUGGGACUUCCAGUUGUAUGACAAUAUACUGAGAAACGACUUCGAUGCAAAUGCUGGUUUUGUGCUACUGAUUCGUUCAAUAAGUUCAGGUUCACCCAGAUCA